AUGAGCCCCCAAGAGCAGAGUAAGUGCGCCGGUGCCAAGCCGAAGACCACCAAGAAGAAGAAGAAGCCUGCAGCAGAUGAUGAUGAGGAGGAGGCUUCGGCUUCGGGUGACGAUGAUGCCUGUUCUUCGGGAGGUACGGGUUAUCGUGGACGUGGGAGGGGUCGUGGCAGGGGAAGGGCGGGUCGUGGUGCCAAGGGCCGUGGUAAGGGCCGUGGCCACAAAUCCUCGUCCCCCAGACCUGCUGCCACGAAGCGCAAAGGUGGGCCAAGCGAUGGGGAUGAGGCUGCCGGCCCGGAGCAGGACGAGCCAUCCAGCCCCCAAACCAAAAAGACCAAGAAAGGGAGCGGUAAGGGUGGUAAGGGAGGGGCCAGUGCAAAGGCGAAGGCCAAAGCCCGAGCCAACCCAAAAGCUGCGGCAAAGGGUUCCCCCACAGCAAAGGCGAAAGGCAAAGCAGCAACAACAGCAAAACGCGAGGAGAGCCCAGUUGAGCCAGGUUCCACAACUGAGGCCGACCGAGCAAGCAAGUGUGGCGAGAAGCGCAAGGUCGAAUCCAAGGCAAAGGCGAAGGCAAAGAAGGCACCCAAAGGCAAGGGGGACACCGAAGAGCGAUCCGACAAAAAGGCUGAGCAAAUGGCCAGGGCCAGCCGCAAGUCGUCAGCGUACCACAAGACCAAAACAGCAGCUUUGAAAGCCGGGAAGACUCCUGAAGAAGCCGCAGAGGAAGCCAAAAAGGUUCUGCUGCAAUGCCCCGGCCUCCGCAUCAUGCUGGGCGAUUGGAAGGUUGGAGAGUUCGGGCCGAUCUUCGAGGCCACACCGCUGAUGGUGCUGUUGAUCUUGGUUCUACUGGCCAAGUUUUGUAGACAUAUCGACAAACAGGGCAAGGCUUGCUUCACCGGCAAGCAGAAGGAGCUGAAGGAGUCCGGGAUUCCAGACAGCUGGCUCGAUGUGAUGGACAGCUUUGUGGCAGAGGCGGCCAAGGCUCGGAUUGCUGCUUUGCAAUCGCAGCUGAACCGCCCAGCCAGCAAGGAGGAGCCGCCUUCGAUCCCCGGUGCCCCUUACACAUCUUUGCAGAGCACUGCCAAAGAUGAGUCGAUUCCGGGAGAUGUUGCCGGCAAGAAUGCUGUUGCAUUGGGCAGUUUCAAGGCAAGCAGCCAAGAUGCACAGCAAGACCCGCUCAUGUGGGCAGAUUCUCAGGCAACCCUGAGGAUGGGAAGCUUUGCAGGUGUUGUGCCCAAGCCUGCUAUUGCGACCCCGACCAAGAACCUCAUCAGGAUGGAGAGCCCUCCUGCUAAGAAGGGCAAAGGCCACGGCACCCCGUCCAUCAAGGCCCCCGCGAACCCUGAGCUGGGACUCUUUGAGAAGCUUAAGCACCACUCCCCGAGCAAGUCCGGUAGCAAGAAGCGCCACCGAGAGCAACAAGCCCUCUCUCCGGUUGCUCCUACUGCUGCCACUUCCACUUUGUCGAGUGAUGAUGCUAGCCCGGAGAAGUCCGGCAAGAAGGAGGCCCUCGAAAUGUACCGAACAGAUGAUGGCAGAGAGAAGCUGAGAUCCUUGUUGAAACAGCACGGGGAUUUCGGUUCCCUCGAAAUUGCUGUUAGCAAGUGGAACAAGCGGAUUUCAUGUGUACUCAAUAGAUGCAACGACAAGGUGCUUGAGACCUCCUUCAUUUGCGCAAAACUAAGGGCCAUGUGUGACCAUGGUUUCGCUUGGGCCAAGUCCCGUGGACUGGUACGGCACAGCGAGAUUCACGGAGAGGAAGAGGGCCGCUUUGUUUUGAGCGACGACUUUAUGUUGUGCGACGAGACUGGCCAAGAAAUCAAUAUGAGCGGAAGCUUCGAAGCCGAGGAUUGUCCGGGUGUCAUGUAUCACGACAUUCACGAUGACAGCGGCUUCUUGCUCGAGGCGACCGUCCCGUCUAUGUCUGCCUCCGCCGGCGAUCUGAUUGGUGCCACUGGUGUCACUGCCACAGACGGUAAUGCUACGGUAGCAACGAAUGCUAGCACAGCCUCCUUCAAGAUCAUCUUCCCGACCCUGUGCCACAAUGCCUCUGCGACCUCUAUUCUGGCCAGCUUCAUCGAGGUAUUGGGGAGGAAGGUUGAUUCGUGUGAGGACCUGAUGGAAACCUUGGAGGGCUUGAAGAACAAUCGAGCCACCUCGUUGAAGGAUCAGCUCUCUGUUCUGCUUGCGACCAUGAAGAAGAACUACAAGCUGCUGACAGAGAAGCAGUCGGAUUCAUUGAACGGUGCUUGUGACAAGUCGAUGAUGAAGCGCGGCCCCUCCUCCUGUGUUGGGGGAGCGAAGGCCAAGGCCAAGACAAGUCGAUCCGACAGCGACGAAGACAGCAGCGUCGAUGAUGACUUGGCUGCUGCUCUUUUUUAUGGCUUUGCAGAAGGAGCUGAUUCAGCUAAGCAUGUGAUCGAUCUGGCGACGAUUGCCGACAAGAAGCUUCGUCGACAUGGUGUGGUAGAUGUGCAGCUAUCAGAGUUGGCAAAGUGUGGGCAGGGUGGUCGCAAUCAUAGUCGCAACCUGCAUCGCCUGAUUCACCGGACUGGCCGAACCCUUCCAGUCACUGUUACUACUGUUCCGACCCCUAUCAGGAUUCUCAAAGGGAAGCCGAAGGUGCACACAUGCAACUACCCGACCAUGAUGUUAUCAUCCUGGGCAAAGCAACUCUUUUCCACCGGAGGGCAAUUCCUACUAUCUGGAUACACGAUUGAUGAUGUCAAGUAUCGUGGACUUUUCAAAGAUUUUUGGACCCAGUAUCAGCAAGUGGAGCCAGAGCUGGACUUCUACAGCAGGGAUUUUGAAUGGGAAACCGCGAUUCCGUUCAGCUUUCAUGGAGAUGAAGGCAGAGGAAAACUGAAGCGCCCAAUUAUGAUUGAAGCCUACCAACCACUCAUUACACACCGUGGUCCUGAGUUCACAAAUUCGCACUCCUUCACCACACGUCUGCUGUUUGCCGUGGUGCCGAGCGAGUACUAUGCCUCGCGAACACUGGAAGUUUUGCACCGGGCACUUGUCGAUGAUUGGUUGAAGCUGUACGAGGAGGGCUUGACAGUGUCUUGGGAUGUAUUAUGCAAUUCUGAAUUGUUACUAGUUCGAGCCAGGGGCUUUGUGGGUCGAGAUCCAUAG